CUAGAAACUUCUCGGUCCCUCCCUCUCCCCUCCCCUUCCUCCUCCUCCUCCUCCCAGUUGCCCAGGGGCUGGCGCUGCGGCGAAGCAAAGACAAGAGGGAAGGAGGAGCGCGGCUCCCGCCCGCGCUGCUUGGACUCCAGAGGCGCAGCUCCGACCCGGCUGGAGGCCGGUGCCGACCCUAACCCCGGCCCCCUGAGGCGGCCUUUCCUUGCGCAGCGGUGGCAGCGGCAGGCGGGAUGACGGCGGAGGAGAUGAAAUCGGACGGGGCUCCCUUAGAGGGGACGGACAUCACCCCGAAGCAGGAUGAGGGCGUCCUCAAGGUUGUCAAGAAAGAAGGCAGUGGGACAGAGUCUCCAAUGAUAGGUGAUAAAGUGACCGUUCAUUACACAGGAUGGCUUCUUGAUGGCACGAAAUUUGACUCCAGUUUGGACAGGAGAGACAAAUUUUCAUUUGACUUGGGGAAAGGUGAGGUGAUUAAAGCAUGGGACAUAGCUGUGGCAACUAUGAAGGUUGGUGAAAUCUGUCGGAUUACGUGUAAACCGGAAUAUGCCUAUGGCUCAGCUGGGAGCCCGCCAAAGAUACCUCCCAAUGCUACACUGAUUUUUGAGAUUGAACUUUUUGAGUUCAAGGGGGAGGACCUCACUGAUGAUGAAGAUGGUGGUAUCAUCCGAAGAAUUCGUAAAAAAGGGGAAGGCUACUCCAAGCCCAAUGAGGGAGCUCUUGUAGAGAUCCAGUUUGAAGGCCGAUGUGGAGAUCGUGUUUUUGACAAACGGGAAUUACAGUUUGAGAUUGGAGAAGGUGAAAACUAUGAUCUUCCUCAUGGUCUGGAGAAAGCAAUUCAGAAAAUGGAAAAAUUGGAGGAAUCUGUGUUCUAUCUCAAACCAAAUUACGGCUUUGGAAGUGCUGGGAAGGAGAAAUUUGAGAUCCCUCCAGAUGCAGAGCUGCAGUAUGAAGUGAAACUGAAAAGCUUUGAAAAGGCCAAGGACUCUUGGGAAAUGAACACAGAUGAGAAGCUGGAACAAAGCUGCAUUGUGAAGGAGAGAGGCACUCAGUACUUCAAGGAGGGGAAAUACAAACAGGCAGCAUUGCAGUACAAGAAGAUAGUGUCGUGGCUGGAGCAUGAAUCGGGACUCUCUGAUGAGGAGGAUACAAAAGCCAAAAGCUUGAGGCUUGCUGCCCACCUUAAUCUAGCUAUGUGCCAUCUCAAGCUGAAGGAAUACUCCCAGGCUUUGGAGAACUGCAACAAGGCACUUGAAUUGGAUAAGAGCAAUGAAAAAGGCCUCUUCCGGCGUGGAGAAGCUCACUUGGCUGUCAAUGACUUUGAAUUGGCCCGGGGAGAUUUCCAGAAAGUGAUACAACUUUAUCCAAGUAACAAAGCUGCCAAAGUGCAACUGGUAACUUGUCAGCAAAAAAUACGGGAGCAGCACGAGAAGGAGAAGAAGAUGUAUGCCAACAUGUUCCAACGGCUUGCAGACAAAGACUUAAAGUCAGCUGCUACUGUUCGGACCACCCACACUGAAGAUGCAGAAAUGAAAGAUGAGCAGAAUGGAGUUGAAGUUGAAGCAGAAGCAUAAAAACAAACCGUAUUUCAUUAGUUUUGUAAAAGAAAGAAUUUCCAGUGAAUUAGACCUUUAUUUUUCUACCUGGUUGGACAGUGGCUUCAGGGGAGCAGAGGCUGAAGCCACCAUGCCACAGUCACAGCUUUAUGUGUCUGUUGAAGCAGUGGCAGCGUAAAUCUGGUUUAAUCCUAGGGACUUUAUUUAUUCAUUCAGCCUCUGUUACUGUUUGGGUUCUGUCGGGAUUUACUCUGCUUGGUUUGUUUGCAUUUUGCUGUUGGUGUUUGUCUGUUUCUGAUUCCAGCUCACUUUAAUUCCAGGUUCUGCUUCCUAAAUUUAUUUCCUUGAUUUCUUCCAAGUAAUCAGUCUUUUUCAGGAGUCCUCUCAUGAGACUUGAGAACAAAUUGGCACUCCCGGUUCUGCUUCAGCAUUGAACCCUUCUCCCCUGUUGUUCAGCAAGGAGUCCCUUCCACUAAGUGUUGUAACCUUUCUUGUAUGCCUCCUCUUUGCAAAUUGCUGAAGGUGAAGACUGUAAAGUCACAGCUUAAAGUAAUAAAGCUCCAAUUGAACUCAAGAAAACAGAACUUUUCGUGGGUUUUUAUUGGAAUUUGCAUAGACUUAAGGGAAUUUACUGUCCUUUGGUCAUUCAGUAUUUUCUCAUCCACAGUAACCACCGUAUCUGAUUAUGCUUGUGUUGCUCAUUCAUGGCCAUAGAAAAAUCUCAGUAUUCAAUACAGCAUUUACCCACGUAUUUGCAACAGGAAAAAAAUGUUGCUGAGAAUUGUACAAAAAGCAAACCUGUAACCUAUACAUAGAGCUAUUAUUCUGCUCAUAUUGCAUUCACCCUCUGCAUUGUGAAAAUGGACCAGAAAAAAACACCUUUAUAUAUAAAGGUGAUCAGUUUUGAAGAUCAAGUAAGUGGUAAUGGUUUAACACAUUCAUAAUGAACUACAGACUUCUGAGUGAUUUAAUGUCUGCUUAUCCCCAUCUCUCAGGAAACCUUUUACUUGAUACUCUGCUUCUUUCUGCAGUAUGUUGUACGUCUUGUUUGAGGGUGGGUGUGCUUUUGGGUAUUGUGUGGGCUGUUAAAGCGUUUGUUUGUUUGUCUGCAGGCAUGGAAUACAGCGCUCAAACUCGCUUCUAUCUUGUUACUUGGUGUUAAAUUCAGCAUCUCCACUGUCCUGUUCAGAGACCCUUUAACAGCAGGGACACUUUUGCCUGCUCUGCAGGAAGGAUGUGGAACACAUGGAUUUUUUGCAAUGAGAAAUGUCUUUCCAUGGGAUGGCCUGGAAUUGUAUGUGUUACAGAAAGUAUCCCUAUUUUAACAGAAGUGACAUCUGAAAUCUCAUCUUGAAUUCCUUGUCUCCUUUGCUGAGACAGAUGUUCUGCCUAAGAACUUAAGAAUGGGGUUCUUAGGGGCUGGGAGGUUGCCAGUACCUGCUCCUGCUGGGGCACUGGUCCCAAGCAUGGCAGCUCUUAUCACCCAGCUAUCACAAAGUGGCAAGCCCUGCUUGAUAUGCUGUCCUGCCCUCAGGCCCCAGACCGGGAGUUCACCUCCUGAUGUUGGGUUGGACCUAGCUGAGGGAUGGAGCUAUGAAGUGCACUGCUCUCUGCAUGGUUUAGCAAUGCCUUAAGCUUCAGUGGAGUUGGGGGGGAGGGGUAGAAGGGGGAAGGAUAGAAGAUGAGGAAGAGUUAAGUGUUUGGUAGGUCACUGUGGAUAAGGAAAUAGUGAUGAGAUUUGGUUUGGAAAAAAAUGAGCAUUGCCAGGUAAUGUGGGUGCUCUUCAUGAGCUCAAGUCUCCAUAAUAUCCCUGUGUAUGUGAGUGAAAACUGACCUUGUAACAACGCAGAGCUACUUCUACAAGGAAGCUCACGGGCAGGUUACAACAAGGUGAGAAGAAUGUCAACU